AUGCUCCUGGACGCCGGCCCCCAGUACCCCGCGAUCGGCGUGACCACUUUUGGCGCGUCCCGCCACCACUCGGCGGGCGACGUGGCCGAGCGAGACGUGGGCCUGGGCAUCAACCCGUUCGCCGACGGCAUGGGUGCCUUCAAGCUCAACCCCAGCUCGCACGAGCUGGCUUCCGCGGGCCAGACAGCCUUCACAUCCCAGGCUCCCGGCUACGCGGCUGCGGCGGCCCUGGGACAUCACCACCACCCGGGCCACGUCGGCUCCUAUUCGAGCGCAGCCUUCAACUCCACGCGGGACUUUCUGUUCCGCAACCGGGGCUUUGGCGACGCGGCGGCUGCAGCCAGCGCGCAACACAGUCUGUUCGCGGCUUCGGCCGGGAGCUUCGGGGGCCCACACGGCCACACGGACGCCGCGGGCCACCUCCUCUUCCCCGGCCUUCACGAGCAGGCUGCGGGCCAUGCAUCGCCCAAUGUGGUCAACGGGCAGAUGAGGCUUGGCUUCUCGGGGGACAUGUACCCGCGGCCCGAGCAGUACGGCCAGGUGACCAGUCCGCGUUCAGAGCACUAUGCCGCGCCGCAGCUGCACGGCUACGGGCCCAUGAACGUGAACAUGGCCGCCCACCACGGCGCCGGCGCCUUCUUCCGCUACAUGCGCCAGCCCAUCAAACAGGAGCUGAUCUGCAAGUGGAUCGAGCCUGAGCAGCUGGCCAACCCCAAAAAGUCGUGCAACAAAACUUUCAGCACGAUGCACGAGCUGGUCACGCACGUCACCGUGGAGCACGUCGGCGGCCCGGAGCAGAGCAACCACAUCUGCUUCUGGGAGGAGUGUCCGCGCGAGGGCAAGCCCUUCAAAGCCAAAUACAAACUGGUCAACCACAUCCGCGUGCACACCGGCGAGAAGCCCUUCCCCUGCCCCUUCCCGGGCUGCGGCAAGGUCUUCGCGCGCUCUGAGAACUUAAAGAUCCACAAAAGGACGCACACAGGGGAGAAGCCCUUCAAGUGUGAGUUUGAGGGCUGCGACCGACGCUUUGCCAACAGCAGCGACCGCAAGAAGCACAUGCACGUGCACACGAGCGACAAGCCGUAUCUCUGCAAGAUGUGUGACAAGUCCUACACGCACCCCAGCUCGCUGCGCAAGCACAUGAAGGUCCAUGAAUCCUCCUCGCAGGGCUCGCAACCUUCGCCUGCCGCCAGCUCGGGCUACGAGUCCUCCACGCCGCCCACCAUCGUGUCUCCCUCCACAGACAACCCGACCACCAGCUCCCUGUCGCCCUCAUCCUCCGCGGUCCACCACACAGCCGGCCACAGCGCGCUCUCUUCCAAUUUUAACGAAUGGUACGUUUAA